AUGAGCAGCAGUAUGCGCGAUCUGAUCUCUGCCGAGGCAGAGAUCGAUGACGAGGAAGAUGACGAGUCCUUUGACGAGGGAACCGGCGGCCAACGCAAAAGCAAUCGACCGGGAGACUUCGACGAUUCCUCCGAGGAAGAGGAGGACGACGAUGACGAGGAGGAAGCGCGCAAGAUUCGCGAAGGCUUCAUUGUCGAAGAUGAAGACGAUGACGACGGUGGCGAUGAUGAUGAGGAUCGGCCCAUCAAGAGAAAGCGCGAGCAUCGCGAUCGCGAAAAAGAAGAACAACUGGACGAAGAUGAUUACGACCUCGUAGGAGAACAGUUUGGCGAACAGCCAAAAUCACAAUCACAGUCCAAAUUCAAGCGUUUAAAGCGCGGUCACCGCGGUGAUGGCGGCGAGCAGAACAGGCCGGCUGGCCUAGAGGACAUCUUCAACGAUGAAGAAGAUGAAGCCGGCGAACAACGAGGAUACAGACCCAACUUUCGCGCCCAAGCCGAUGAGUUCGAUGAUUUUAUCGAGGACGACUACCCCGAGGACGAUGACGAGCGAGAGCGAGCUCAAGAGGAUGUCGAGGUCGCCCGCUCCAAGGACCGCGGCGUGUCUGGUAUCGUUGACACGACUGGUCUCGAUAAAGAAGCCCUGGAUGACAUGGAAGCCAUAUUUGGCAAUGGCGAAGAUUACGACUGGGCUCUGCAGAUGGAGGACGAGGAGGAGGAGCGCGAACGAGACGAACAGGGCAUUGAACUCAAGGACGUUUUUGAGCCUUCGCAGCUCAAAGAAAAGCUUCUUACCGACGAAGACAACCUCAUCCGCUUUACCGACGAGCCCGAACGUUUCCAGCUCGAGCGCAAGCAGUUUAAGAACUUGCAGCUCACAGCUGAGCAAUUUCGCGACGAGGCCAAGUGGAUCAGCAAUCAACUGUGGCCCAAAAAAGGCCUCUCCCAGGAACUGCAGGCGCCUUUUGGCAAAGCCGUUGGCAAGGUUCUGGAAUUCUUUGUCGUUGACGAGGUGGAAGUUCCGUUCGUUUUCCAGCAUCGCAAGGACUAUUUGCUCCACUCCAAGAAGAUUCGCAAGUCAACUCAUGACGAUCCGGAUGGCCCCGACUACUCGAUUCAGUCCGACAAGCUGCUGAACCAGGACGAUCUUUGGCGAAUCCUCGAGCUCGACAUCAAGUUCCGAUCAUUCAUCGAAAAGAAGAAUGCACUCGAAAAGACGUUUGAGAACCUUCGUACACUCGAGGUUGACGACCCGAUGGUCGAGGACAUGAUUCCCGAGGCAACUACCAUGGAGGAGCUGCAAGACUUACAAGACUAUCUCCAGUUCCAGUACGGGCCCAAGCUCAAGGAUCUGGCUGUCAUGGCCAGCAACAAUGCCCAAGUCAAGAAACCUGGCUCCAAGAGUAAUGUUUUGGAUCGCGUGCGUAAUGGCAAGGCCUACUACUUUGUCAAAGCCUACGGCAUCUCCGCCGACCAGCUGGCGAAGAAUGCUCUCCGUCAGGGCAAAAAGGUGACGCCUGAUGAUGACUCACAAUAUCCUAUGGAUCUUGCAGACACCCUCAUUGACGACAACUUCAAUACAGGAGAUCAGGUCAUCAAUGCCGCGAGACAAAUGUACGCAGAGGAACUGGCUGCCAGCCCUCGCAUGAAAAAGUACUUCCGCGGCUCAUACUACCAGCUUGCCGAGAUUAGCUGUCGUCGCACAGAGAAGGGUCUCCGCAAAAUUGACGAUACACACCCAUACUACGAGAUCAAAUAUCUUCAAAACCAAACAAUCGCCGACCUUGUCCACCAGCCGGACACUUUUCUCAAGAUGAUGAAAGCCGAGGAGGAGGGUCUCAUCGAGAUCAGGCUCGUCAUGCCUUCUCGCUUCGACUUCCGUAAACAACUCUACCAGGAGUUUGAGUCAGAAAAUUUUAGUGACCGCGCCGAGCAGUGGCGAGAGGAGCGCAAGAAGGUCUUGGAUUUGGCCUAUCCCAAGCUUGAAAAGGGCAUUGCCAAGAACAUCAAGGAAGUCAUUCGUACCUUUUGCCAGGACGAAGUGCUCAAGAUGAUUCGUCAAGACUACUACAGGAAGCUGGACCAGGCGCCAUACAAGCCGAAGGGUAUGAUCCUGGGAACGACUCCGCGCGUACUCGCUCUCUCCAACGGCAUGGGGGACCCUGCGCGUGACCCCAUAUGCUGGGCGUGGGUUCCUGAAGAUGGUCGCGUGUUGGAGCAGGGCAAAUUUGGCAACCUGGGCCGCGAUGAGAGCCAGCGUGAAGCCUUCGUCGAGUUGGUCAACCGUCGCCGGCCUGAUGUUAUUGCCGUCUGCGGUUGGUCCUGCGACACUCACAAGCUUGUUCGUGACAUAGAGAGCCUUGUGAGCGAAAAGGCGCUCAUGGGUCCGGAAUUCGAGGACCCCGAGACGAAUGAUUACCGAACUGAGCAGCUCGAGGUCAUGGUUGUGGACGAUGAGGUGGCCAGAUUAUACAAAGACAGCCCUCGCGCCGUCGCUGAGCAUCCUUCGCUCAAUCCUGUCACCAGAUACUGCGUUGCUCUGGCGCGUUACAUGCAGAACCCGAUGAAGGAAUAUGCCGCACUGGGCAAGGAUGUGAUCUCGCUUUCUUUUCACCCUUGCCAGAAAUUGCUACCGCAGGACAAGCUCGCCAAAUACCUGGAAUCAGCAAUGGUGGACACGGUCAAUAUGGUCGGUGUGAACAUCAACGACGCCAUGGUCGACACGUACACUGCGAACCUGCUUCCCUUUAUCGCUGGUCUUGGCCCCCGCAAGGCAACAAGUGUGAUGAAGGCCAUCAAUGCCAACGGUGGCUCAGUGAACACAAGAGAGGAACUAGUGGGCGACCCUGAGAGCCGGAAGCUCCCUGUGGUUGGUCCCCGCGUGUGGAACAACUGCGCCAGUUUCUUGUACAUUGACUAUGACGCGACAAACCCCGCCUCGGAUCCUCUGGACAAUACUCGUGUUCAUCCUGAAGACUACGAGCUUGGUCGAAAGAUGGCUGCAGAUGCGCUGGAACUUGACGAGGAAGACGUCAAGGCUGAGAUUGACGAGAAUGGCCCAGGUGCCAUUGUACGCAAGCUGUUCAAGCAGGGCGAACAGGAGAGAGUCAAUGAGCUGGUUUUGGACGAGUAUGCGGAUCAGCUGCUGCGCAACUUUAACCAGCGAAAGCGUGCCACUCUGGAGGCCAUCAGUGCUGAACUUCAGGCGGAGUACGAAGAGCUGCGAAGAAGCUUUGCGCCACUGACGCAAACAGAAAUUUUUACCAUUUUCACCGGUGAGACCAAGCAAACACUUUGUGAGGGCAUGAUUGUACCUGUCAAUAUUCGCGUGGCCAGGGAUGACUUUGCCAUUGCCAAGCUCGACUGUGGCAUUGAGGGUCGUGCGGAGGCCCACGAAGUGACGAGUCUGCCCUCGGUCAAGGAUGUGCUCAGCGUGGGCCAAACAGCGCGGGCCAAGAUUCUGGAAAUGGACUACAAGGCGUUCUCUGUGAAGCUUUCGAUGCGCGAGGACUCGCUCCGAAUUCCUUACAAGCGGCCAACCAAUUACGGCCGCGACGGGUGGGACUAUGCUCAAGAAGCAGCAGAUAAGGAAGAGCUCAAAGUGAAGGACAAGACUACUGGACGGACACAGCGCGUUGUCAAACACCCCAACUUCAAGCCGUUCAAUGGGCUGCAGGCAGAGGAAUUUCUGGGAUCGCAAGCACCUGGCGAAGUUAUCAUCCGACCAUCCUCCAAAGGAAACGACCACCUGGCCAUUACAUGGAAGGUUGCGGACAACGUGUACCAGCAUAUUGAUGUAUUGGAGAUGCAAAAGGAAAAUGAGUUUUCGGUGGGCAAGCUACUGCGGAUUGGAGGGCGAUAUACGUACAGCGACUUGGACGAGUUGAUCGUGGACCACGUCAAGGCCAUGGCUCGCAAGGUGGAUGAAAUGAUGCGUCAUGACAAGUAUCAGAAUCGCUCCCGCAGCGAAACUGAAAAAUGGCUCACUACAUACAUUGACGCAAACCCCAACCGGUCGGCUUAUGCUUUCUGCAUCGACACGAAGCACCCUGGGUACUUUUGGCUAUGCUUCAAGGCCAGCCGGACGGCUAUCGUGAUUGGCAUCCCGAUCCGAGUGAUUCCACAAGGAUUCGAACUCAAGGGAUACCAGUACCCCGACAUGCGUGCCCUGUGUAAUGGGUUUAAGCUACGGUACCAGAAUGAGUUUUCUAGAAUGGGGGCGAGAUAA